AGGGAAACACAAGAGGCUGAAGAUUUAAAGGAGAAUCCAUAAUAAGUUUGCUCUCACGUAUUUAUACGCUAACGCGGUUUUACGUUUGUUCACCGAGCAUUAAUUUCGUCUUGAUUGGAUUAAUAAAAAUCGGCCAGGUUAUAUUUUAAAGGGGUAGGGGAGGGGGUUAACAUGUCGAUCCAGUACGAGGCACCGCUGGCGGACAGCUUCGGGGUGGCGGACUCGUUUCCCAAAGAUUUCGGAUAUGGAGAAGAAGAAGAAGAAGAAGAUAUUGAGGAUAAUCCCACUCCCUCCGACAGCAAACCGAGGAUCCUGCUGAUGGGAUUGAGGAGAAGCGGAAAGUCAUCUAUCCAGAAGGUGGUGUUUCAUAAGAUGUCCCCCAAUGAGACCCUGUUUCUGGAGAGCACCAACAAGAUCUAUAAAGAUGACAUCUCCAGCAGCUCCUUUGUCAACUUCCAGAUCUGGGACUUCCCUGGACAAGUGGACUUUUUCGAUCCAACCUUCGACUACGAGAUGAUUUUCCGAGGAACCGGGGCCUUGAUAUUUGUCAUCGAUGCGCAGGAUGACUAUGUGGAGGCCCUUGGUCGACUCCACCUAACAGUAUCACGCGCCUACAGGGUCAACCCAGAGAUCAACUUUGAAGUCUUCAUCCAUAAAGUAGACGGCCUGUCUGAUGACCAUAAGAUUGAGACCCAGCGGGAUAUACACCAGAGGGCUAACGAUGACCUGGCAGAUGCCAGUUUAGAGAAACUACAUCUCAGUUUCUAUUUGACUAGUAUAUAUGAUCACUCCAUCUUUGAGGCCUUCAGUAAAGUUGUCCAGAAGCUCCUCCCUCAGCUCCCCACGCUGGAGAACCUUCUCAACAUCUUUAUAUCGAAUUCAGGGAUUGAGAAGGCCUUCCUGUUUGACGUCGUCAGUAAGAUUUACAUCGCCACCGACAGUUCACCGGUGGACAUGCAGUCCUAUGAACUCUGCUGCGACAUGAUCGAUGUGGUCAUCGACGUCUCCUGUAUUUACGGAUUAAAGGAGGAUGGCACUGGCAGUGCAUAUGAUAAGGAGUCUAUGGCCAUCAUCAGACUCAACAACACCACAGUGCUGUACCUGAAAGAGGUCACCAAGUUCCUCGCCCUGGUCUGCAUCUUGAGAGAAGAGAGCUUUGAGCGCAAAGGAUUAAUAGAUUAUAAUUUCCACUGUUUCCGGAAAGCCAUUCAUGAGGUGUUUGAGGUGGGUGUUUCCACCUCAAGGACAAGCACCCAGCCAGCUGGCACCCCUCUCAUGAAGACUGUUGCCUUAAACGGAACCCCCAGGAGCACUGUGUAGACAGAUAGUGAUUAAGACAAUGAUAAAGUGUGGAGACGAAGGAAAAGGUAACAAAAGAAAGAGACUACGGGAUGGGUCGCAUUCUGUAUGCUGACCAUCAUUACUGCUCCCAAAUGUUUUAUAAGCAAAAGAGUUUGAAAGUCGCUAAAAUAAACUUGCCUCAGUGGGUGGGGCAGAAAUGUAAUGUGGGUAAGCUUGCAAAGCUGCGGAUGAAUGGAAGGGAAAAGGCACAAAAAAAGGUGGACCACUUUUUUUUGUGAUUUUAAAAGGCAUUAACCAACUGUUCCUCAAGAAAACAUGUAACAAAGUGCAAGUCACUGAGAAAAAAAACAAAAAACAAAAGCACAGAAAGGAACCUCUCACCCUUUCAGGUCAAACCGCCUGACAACUUGGACGAAUGCUGUAUUAUACUCUGCUGGUCACUUAACACGGUAGCCAAGUUUAAAUGCAUACCCGGUUUACUCCUCAACACGUGAAUGUGGCUGACUUCUGUGAAAAUUUGUGGUGCACAAAAUUUGAGCGUACACUUCUGAAGCCUUAUGUAGAGGAGGCCUGUCUGAUGCAAGGCCCUAGUGGAAACAUACACAUUUGGUCACCUAAACAGCCCAUGUAUUGUGUAUGAAAGGUUAGUAAAGGGAUUGAAAUGUGGUUUUGUAUUUGUAUUUGUGUUUGUGUACAUGCAUGUAUGCAGUGGAAAGGGAUAUGCACCGGUUUGGGGCACAGAGAUCUUAUGAAGUAACACAAGUUUGCGACUCCGAAGACUGAGAAAGAGCUGUACUGUUCCAUUUAACCUCUGGGACACUGUGAUUGCACUUACCUCGGAGGAUGUCAGGGAUCAUAACUAACUAAAUUCAAACUGCUAUGCUGUACUGUUGCCGUCCAGUUAUAUUACGGCAUCCUUGGUGUGUAGCUCAUGCAAUCUGAGGACUUUGUAGGAUGAACUUUAAUUACUUACAUUCCGGUUCUGAGGUGCCAAUGCAGUUUUGCUCAGAUUUAAAACUCGCUAAUCUUUACUUUCACUCUUCCAAUCACCAAUCAGCAUGUUGUUUGUGAUUCGGAGAAUCUGCUAUAAAACAAAGAAAUUAAGGAUAACUAAAGUGACAGGACAUUUGCAUCAGUUAAAUCCAUUCCAAGCAUUUCUGUAGAGAUGCUUCACAUCGUCUUGCAAUCAGCUGUCUUUUCUAAUGUCAUUUAAUGAUAACUAAAUGAAGUAUGAAAAACACAAACUGAUCUUCAGGCUUGCUUGUGAUUACUGUUUCUCAGACUACAUCUAGGACACAAAUUAUGCGUGUCUUGCGUUUUGCCAAAGGUGUUAUCAUUCACAAGAAAUAAAACAUGUACACACACACCGGAAA